AUGUUGGCGGCUCGUGGUGGCCUUAUCGAGACCGUGCACUACCUGUGUCAGGUUGAUGCGAGCUGGAUAUUGUGCCGUGAUAUUCACGGCCGUGAUGCCAUCAUGGAAGCCAGCCGCGGCGGUCACGAUACGGUGGUCCAGAUCUUACUGACGUACGUACCUGGAGGGGCUCGAGAAGCCGUCCGCCGCGAGGACCAGGAGGGCAACACAGCCCUACAUUUUGCGAGCAGCGGUGGCCAUCUUCUUGUACUCCGCACACUUCUUGCCGCUGGCGCUGAUGCUACCCACGAAAAUGUUUGGUGCUGGACUCCCGUCGCCUACAGCGCAUCCGUCCAAGCCGAAGUGUAUCUAAAAGGCUUGAUAAACGAAGUAGAGAAACGCCGACAGCAACAGGCCCAAUCUCAGACGCGGAAAAAUAAACUAUCUCCGCCCGGAGACCCAAAAAGAGGACAGGGGGGUGCGGGCACUAUUGGCCUGCGUAUCGUGCGGGAGGAAGAUGAUAAUAAACUCCGUCCUCCUCGGUUGGCACCAUAA